AUGAAGAAUCCAUUGAUGACAAAGUCCCACUGCUUAAAGCGUGAUGCGGCGUCCGUAGAUCAAAUCUUGCAUGAAAGUCUACAAAAGCUGCGUUCAGUGAAGUUGAACAAACGUUUCAGAAACAAAUCAACAUUGAAUCCAAAUAAUAAGAAAUCUAAAUUAAUUAUUAAAGAUGAACAAUCUAAUAAAUUGAUCACAGACGAGAACGUAAUCUGCGAAAAAUUUAAUGGUUUCUUCGCUGAUACAGUAAAAGAGUUCUCCGUGAACAAUUCAUCUAAUAAUAAUUCAUUCGCAAAAUAUCUGGGUGAUUCCCAGACAGAUUCAUUCUUUUUGACAGAAACCAAUGAAAGUGAAAUUUACAGUAUUAUUAAAAAUUUCAAAAAUUCCAAAAGUUCAGACAUUCAUUUGAGAUCUCAUGAUCUAAAUCUGAUGGCCAUUAAUGGGGCACAAUUGAAUAUAGGAGCAAGAAAUAUAUCUGAUGCUGGGCCGACUCUUUGGAAUGCGCUGCCAAAGUCAUUGCCAUACUUGUUUUCGAUUUAA